CUACAGCAAAUCAACCAAAAUCGAGCACGAUUUCGUAACACAUUCAAAGAAAACACGAUCUAAACUACAUAAUGCGUUUCAAUCAAAAGAAAGAAGGUAAAGAACUAAAGUAAAACAAACAAAAAUCGAACGACGAUCAAACUUGGUUUCGCGAACCCAGAUUUGGGUUUCAUGAAAGAAGGUAAAGAACUACAGCAAAUCAACAAGGGUCCUUGCGGGUUUCGCGAACCCAGCAACUGGGUUUCGCGAACCCAGCUACUGGGUUCCUCGCGGAACCCAGAUUUGGGAAUGGGUUCGCGAAACCCAAUAGCUGGGUUCGCGAAACUCGCUACUGGGUUCCUCGCGAAACCUAGCAACUAGGUUCCACGAGGAACCCAGAUUUGGGUUUCAUGAACCCAGGUCUUGGGUUCCUCAUGGAACCCCCUUGCUGGGUUCGCGGAGGAAAAAGGUUGAGAAAGAGGAAGGGGCGGAGGGAUAAGAGAGAAGAAGGGAGGAAGAAGAAAAAGAGGAAGAAGAAAAAGAAUAUAAUAAUAAUAAAUUAUGUGAGUUUUU